AGAGCAACGCGGAAACAAGCCAACAACCAAUCGACCAUUUGCACCCAGCAUGCAGUCCAAAUGAAAACUCUCGCUGCUCUCUCCAAACAAACAUCCGCUCCGCCCAAACUGAUCUCGCCCUCCACCGCCGCUAGAACCCCAACUCCGAUAGCCCCUGCGGUUCCAACCGAAUCCCAGUUCGUAUCCCUCAUUCAUGUGUCCAAAGUCGUCCUCCAUCUCCGUCAAAUCCAUGCGCAGAUCCUCCUCCAGGGCUUCUCUUGGAGCAGCCUCCUCGCCACCCAGUUGGUGUCCGCCUCGUCUCUCCGGAACGCCAUUGACUAUUCCAUCUCCGUAUUCAGCCAAUACCGUCCCAAAAACGUGUUUUUGUUCAAUGCCCUGAUUCGUGGGCUCGUGAAGAAUGCCCGUUUCGAGGCUGCACUGUCCCAUUUUGUUCUCAUGUUGAGGUCGGAUGUUAGGCCUGACAGGAUGACUUACCCGUUUGUUCUCAAAUCAACGGCGCAAUUGUUCUUGAGAAGGCUUGCUGGGGAACUCCAUUGCAUGAUUUUCAAGUCUGGGGUCGAGUUGGAUUCCUUUGUUGAGGUGUCUCUGGCGGAUAUGUAUGUGAAAAUUGAAGAACUGGGUUAUGCCCUGAAGGUAUUUGAUGAAAGUCCGCACAGACUGGAUAGUCGGAGCACGUUGUUGUGGAAUGUGUUGAUAAAUGGGUGCUGUAAGAACGGUGAUAUAGUUAAGGCUAUGGAGCUCUUCCAUACGAUGCCAGGGAGGGAUGUUGCUUCAUGGAAUAGUUUGAUUAAUGGGUUCUUGACAGCUGGACUAUUGGAUAAAGCCAAUGCAGCUUUCGAGCAGAUGCCAGAAAAGAAUGUGGUAACUUGGACCACAAUGGUUAACGGGUUUUCUCAGAAUGGUGACAAUGAGAAGGCGCUGUCAGUUUUCUAUAGGAUGUUGGAGGAGAACGUGAGGCCGAAUGAUUUUACUGUUGUUUCUGCUCUUUCUGCUUGUGCAAAGCUUGGUGCAGUUGAAGCUGGAUUGCGGAUACACAAGUAUAUUAAGGACAACAGGUUCAGGUUGAAUGCGGCGAUUGGGACUGCUUUGGUAGACAUGUAUGCGAAAUGUGGGAAUAUAGAGUCUGCAAGUCAGGUGUUCAGUGAGACAAAAGAGAGGGAUAUCCUUACUUGGAGUGUCAUGAUAUGGGGCUGGGCACUCCAUGGCCGUUUCCAGCAAGCUAUUCAAUGCUCCAAGCAGAUGCUGCGUUCAGGCAUAAAACCAGAUGAAGUUGUCUUUCUUGCCCUAUUGACGGGUUGCACACAUGCAGGCCAAGUUGAUCUUGGGCUUAAUAUCUUCGACAGCAUGAGGCUUGACUACCACAUUGACCCGUCCAUGAAACACUACUCACUAAUUGUGGAUCUAUUAGGCAGGGCAGGGCGGCUGAAGGAAGCUCUCAAAUUCAUCGAGGAGAUGCCACUAAAUCCAGACCUUGUGAUCUGGGGAACUUUGUUUUGUGCUUGUAGGGCUCACAAGAAUGUUGAAAUGGCAGAAUUUGCAGUGACAAAGCUCCUUGAGCUUGAACCGAAACAUCCUGGCAGUUACGUGUUCUUGUCUAAUGCUUAUGCUGCAGUAGGACGAUGGGAAGAUGCAGAGAGAGUACGAAGUUCAAUGCAAGACAAAGGCGUUGGAAAAGGUCCCGGGUGGAGUCACGUCGAGGUGGAUGGUCAAGUACACAGUUUUGUGGCUGGUGACAAUGCUCAUCAUAAGGAUGCAAAACAGAUCCAUCAGAAGCUGGAGGAAAUAAUGUCAGGUGCAAGAAAACAAGGUUACAUGCCUGGAACAGAAUGGGUACUUCACAACAUUGAAGAAGAAGAGAAGGAAGAUGCCCUGGGAAGUCACAGCGAAAAAUUAGCUCUUGCUUUCGCGUUAAUCCAAACUUCUCCAAAGACAGCACCCAUUAGGAUUGUGAAAAAUCUUAGGAUCUGUGGUGACUGCCACUCUUUAAUGAAGUAUGCCAGCAUAAUGAGCCAGAGGGAGAUCAUAGUGAGAGACAUUAAACGUUUCCAUCAUUUCAAGGAUGGAACUUGUUCGUGCGGAGACUACUGGUAACUCUCUCAUGUGCACUCUGCUGUCAUUGAGUUGAUAUAUUGAGCAAACGGAUCCAAAUGCAGGUAGCAAAAGCACAAAUACGGGUCUCCUACUGUUCCAUGGGGCUCCUAUGCAGUCAGCUCACUGCAGAUUGUAUUACUACUGGGUUGAUUUACUUCGAUCAAGCACCAAGCACAUCUUUCUCCUUAAGCUGUACAUGCUUAGUUGGUAGAAGUUGAUAGCAACUCCUGAGCCCCGCAAUGAUGGUGUUCUUACCUUGAUCUCAACGUUUAAGGAAACGGCUCCCAUUGAUUAUCAGAUAAGUGAUUUGCCAUUCGCUUAUUAGCGGCAGACUCAAAAUCUCAGCUUCUGGGAAAGCAAGUCUUGACCUUGUCAUACCAGCGACCGAUCAACCUCAAAAAACUGUUGCAAUCACUAGAUGGUCGACUAUGAGUUGGAAAGAGGAAAGCUUGAUUGGCUGAUGGCUGUGGCAGUUUGGUUGGGAACUUGGGAUGGACAUACUAUACAAAGGAACAUUACUAAAGUUGCUCCCACUUGAGCUGUGAAAGAUGCAAUCAUGCCAAAGCAGAGGCACAUGACAAACAUGGUCCGCAGGAACCAAGUUGUCAAAAACAAAUUGACGACAGUCCCCAAGGACGAUCAUGAGAGCUUCAACUUUAUGCUUCUAUUUAUUAGGCGUUAUUUUCCUUUUGCAGUAUGGAUCCAUUACGAACAUUUUUCAGGCGAAAGUUGUUUCAAUCGAAACCUGGCUUCAGUGGUCUCAUGUUCCAAACGAAGUCGAGGUUCGAUUAGGCCAUGGUCAAUCCAAAAACUGAUUUCGGUUUAGUCAUGGUCGAACUGAAAAUUAUCUUAGCUCGUUUGGAAGUUGGGAUUUCAGAUGAUGUAUUUAGCCAAUACAUGUAAUCAGAAGAAUUCAUUGUUUUUUUGGCUUAAAAUGAAACAGAAUGCUUGUA